GUCGCAGCUGAGUCGGCCAUUUUGGAGCAACGACCGUUGAUUUCAACGAGACUUAAAUCCAUUUUCAUCCGUCGUUUUCCAUCUGUAAAUGACAUUUUUUUCUUGUUGAAGACCAUUAACGUAAAAUAGUAACCAUGGCCAUGCAGUCGGCUAUAUGGAAGAUUCGUGAAAUCCAGGACAAAGUCACGAAUAUGGUGAUGAAUUACACAGAAGCAGAGGCUAAAGUACGAGAAGCCACAAAUGAUGAGACAUGGGGCCCUCAUGGUUCCCUCAUGGCUGAAAUUGCCAAGGAAACCUAUACUUAUGAACACUUCCCAGAGGUAAUGAGUAUGAUAUGGAAACGUAUGCUGCAUGACAAUAAAAAGAACUGGAGACGAGUCUACAAGUCUCUGUUGCUUCUUUCGUACCUUAUAUUGAAUGGGUCGGAGCGUGUUGUGACAAGUGCACGGGAACAUCUUUAUGAUCUGAGGUCAUUGGAAAACUACACCUUCAUGGAUGAAUUUAACCGAGACCAGGGGAUGAAUGUGAGGCAGAAGGUGAAAGACAUUGUUGAUUUCAUCCAGGAUGAUGAUCGGCUACGUCAGGAACGCAAGAAAGCAAGGAAAGCUAAAGAUAAAUAUGUUGGCAUGUCUUCAGAGAACCAGCCAUUCAAGUACAGUGAUCGAUAUGAGUCAGAGCCAAGGAUGACCAAAAGCAAGGUGAAAGAAUUUGAUGAUGAAAUAGAUAACUUCAGGAGUAAACAAUCUCGGUUCAACCUUGGCAGACUUGGCACUGGCAGUAAAGCGGAAGAAUCAGAUGAGUCACCACCAGAAUAUGGAGAUGAAGAUGACUAUGGGGAUGAGGAUGACAAGCAGAAGCAGUUUGAGUUCAAAGAUGAGGAGAAUGAGGAAACUGUAACACACACAACGACAACAGAGACACGGACGAGAAGAUCACGAAGGUCUGGCAAGAAACUUGACCUAGGAGCAGCUGGGGCUUAUGCAGAAGAGGCUAAGACAGAGAGUAACAGCUCAAAUACAACGCCAACAACAAAAACUGGUGUUGACAGCCUCUUGGAUACAUCCAUCCCAGCAACCUCAGGAAAUCAAGAUCUCUUUGCUGAUUUCUCAUCGGCAGCGGCUAACAAUAGUUUUCAUGACUUUGACCCAAGGGGUACAUCCCCUGCGGCUAACAACUCCACCGACUUUGCUACAUUCCAAAGUGCACCGCUUUCCCCAAAUGCACAAGAAUCCUCCUUUGGUGACUUCCAAGGGACUGCCUUCUCUGCAACUGUAACCCAACAAAACAGCACUGUUACAUCAGUACAAGCAACCACCUUCAAUCCUCAGCCUUCAAUUGUCCCUAUGCAACCCCAAAGUACACCUGUACUCCAACCCCAAAGCACCCCUCUUCAACCCCAAAGCACCCCUCUUCAACCCCAAAGCACCCCUCUUCAACCACAGAAUGCUCCCCUACAGCCUCAGCAGUCAGGCCUCAUGCAACCCCAGCAGAACCUCAUGCAACAGUCCAACGUGCCUCUACAAACAAUGCAGAUGGGUAUGACCAUGCAGCAACAGCAGCCCCUUGCUGGGGGGAUGAUGCAACAACCCCAGGGGAUGGGGAUGAUCCCCCAGGGUGGGGCAAUGCAGUACAACCAGCAGUCACUACUUAGCAUGCAGUCACCACAGCAGUUCCAACUUCCCCUGCAGUCUGUAUCAGGCAAUUUGCACAUGGCACCUGAGUCUCCCACUACUGUGGCAGUUUAUGAUGAGUCUUUGUAUUCCUACAUGGUGCCUCACAUGGCAGCAAUGAUGGGGAUGGGAAAGUCUAUGGGACAACCCAUGGGCCAGCAGUUAAUGGGACAACAACCCAUGACAAGCAUGAGUAGUCCAUCCAGUAUUCCAAGUCAACUUCCAAAAGGCCAGCAAUCUAAUGGCUCAAUAACAAGUGCACCAUUGUCAACAGCAAGCUCAACAACCACCCCACAGAAGAAAAAUAUAUGGUCAGAUGUAAAUGUGGACAUCAAAUUGGACAGUUUGAGCCCAGGUGAUAAAUACAAGAAGCAAGCCCAACCCUCGAUGAAUCAAAUGCAAGGGAACAAGGUCCCAGGAGGUAUAGGACAACCACAAAUGGGUAAUGUGACAAUGGGCAUGAGUCAGAUGAACCUUGGACAACAGAGACCACAUGGAGGGAUGAUGGGUACUCCCAUGAUGCAACAGCAGCCCCAGGGCAUGAUGGGAAUGCCCAUGUCAGUUCCACAGCAGGGCAUGAUGAAUAUGGGUAUGCAACCUCAAGGCAUGAUGGGAAUGCAUGGCGGUGGUGGUAUGGGAAUGAGUGGGAUACAACCUGGGAUGGGUAUGGCUGGAAUGCAAGGCAUGGCCAUGUCUGGACAAACACAGCAAUAUGGAGCCUACAGCACCAAUUAACACUUGUAUCAUUCACCCAUUACACUCAUGAAUGUCAUGUCAAGAGUUUCAUAUCUGCUGUUACCUAGCUGUUUACCAAAUUGAUUAGAUGCCUGAAGGGAAAUUGGAUCAUUGUUAUGAAUUUCUAGGAAUGUUGUUAUGUUGGUUUGAAUCAAGCAACAAAUCCAUGAUAAACACAACCUUGAUAUCUGGUUUCACUCAGCUUCCAAACUCCAAACUGCCCUAGCAUUACUAAGUUCACAUGGAAAUGUGUGUUACUGACCGUGUGAAUCUGCACAUGAUAUGUAGAUUUGUGUUAGGACAAAUUUAUAAUUUGCUAGUUGUCACAAGGAUACCUAUGGUUGUAUUUUACCCUUCUUUUGCCAUUGAGGGCCCAGGUUUCUGAAAUAAAACGUUACAGUCAGUUUGUGGUGAAAAACCUGGUACAAGUGGCAACUAAAACAGCAAGUGAUUGCAGCCUAAAUGAUAUAUGGCAUGAAGAUUAAAUAGCUAAGAUUGUACUCAACAUUAGUACUUACAAACGUGGAAACGUGGAUACAAGAUGGAUGCAGUGACAACUGCAGAAAUCUCAACCAGUCUUGUUAAUCAACUAAUCUAAAUGACAACUUUAAUCAGUAACCUUGGGAAAUGCGCACUAUAAAUGCUGUAAAGUUCUUUGUAUGUUGAGGUCCCGAACUAAACUCUUUGUAAAGUUUAUACAGUUAUGUAGGAAAAAGUUAUUUUUGUGCUUGGUUUAUGACCAUGAAUGUUUGUUGGUGUUACAUCAUUGUUCUUAAAGGGGUUUUCAUGUUUGGUCACAGCAGAAGCUACCUGUUGGUUUUAAACAUUCCACGCUAAUGGAUCUUUUUUCAGGGGGUACUAUUCAGCCUGCCCUCAGGUUUGCAGUCUGCUGUAUUUUCACAAGUGGUGGGCAGUUCUAGAAGCUUUUUUCAAAGUGUGCAGCUAUGAUUUACUUAGUGGCAUUGAUAGAUAAUUUAUCAUUUUAAAAGAUUUUGUUAGAACGUGAUAUUGAAAACUCAAAAUUCACCAGAGAAAAUAGGGAGAGAUUGAUUUCAUUUCUUCGAAGUAUUAGCCCACUCUGUACAGCAUGAUGAAAUGAUAUAAAUAUAUUUAAAGAGAUUACUUUUGUACAGUUCUUAUUGACAAAUAAUGAAAAUAAAAUAGUAAUGAACUGUUAUGUAAAUAGGUUUUUAUAGGGUCAUAUUCGGAAAACUUAAACAUUUUGUAAAAAAAAAAAAAUAAAACAACUGGAUCAAACCAUUUGCAUACAUUUAACCCAGCAUUAAAACCUUUCGAAUGCAUGGCUUUUUUCAUUUUAUGUUUUUAGGAUUUCUAAGUCAGAAAUCUUGCGUUGGGUGGUUUUUUUUUUCACUACACCUAAGUGUUAAAGAGCUUGUUUUUUCAACAUCACGCAUAACUGUAAAUGUAUAUUUUAUUCAUCCACAUAACCAUCAAUAAAAAGCCACAUGAAACCCAUUAUAUUAAACUUACUGACACUUAUGAAGUAAAUACAUCCAUCCUUUUAAAUUGGCUUUUAAAAACACAUUGCUUUUGCCUAAUUAACCUUACUUAGAAAAAGUCCACAGCUUUAUCUAGAUUGUUGUCAAAUUGUAUUUUAUAUAGGAAUAUCAAGGUUGGUCAUUCUCACUGAUUCAUCAGCAUUUGGAACAUAAAAACAUGAGUUAUUGAUUAUGCGAUAUUUUUUCAUAACCAUUUCUACAGCCAAACUUGGCAUUGUAUUUGUUACAUAUAUGUAAGUCAGUUAAUUUGGCUUAUUUACUGUAAGUACUACUAAACUGCAGUUUCUUGUUUUAGAGUGAGGGGGACGUAAUCAAAACAAAUAUUUUUUUUCUUUUACCAUUUUUAAUCAAAAGCAUUUGUAUUUGUCCAGUUAUUAGCUCUGUGAUUAAAUUGUGUUCACUUUUCUUUAAAAACUGAAAGCAAAUUUUGAAACUUAUUAGCUUUGCACUGGUAACAUUGACUGUAAGCGACCAACCAUGCUGCUGUGACUAUGUAUCAUGACAAGUCAAAGAAACAACAUUAAAUUGUUAAGAAGUGACAAAU